UUACAAUUUACAAUUGUUGUGUUUCUGAAUCGGUUCAAGAGUGGUUGGAUGUUGAACCGACUGGACUGGUAACAGAAAUACAGUUCAUAAUGAUGGGCAUGGCAGUGUUGAAUGAUGAUAACCACACGUGCAUUCUAAACAUCAGGACCUUUUCGGGAGAUACGCGAUGCCAAUGUUUUUGAGCUGCCUCUUCUUCUUCUUCCUCUUCCUUUUAGUAACCACUGAGAGAACCAGAAAAGCCGUAUGAACCUAUUACUUUAAUCCUCUUGCAGAACGCGAUCGAUUUCGGGAAGGGCCUCGCACUGACACAGAGGGAGAAAGAUCGCCACACCUUUCUCUCUCAGGCAUUUGUGAAAGACGUGUGAGAUCUUCCUGGAAUCGGCGUUUAUUGUGGCAACGUUACUCUCUGUUGGAUCUCUUGCGGUUGGGGCUUCUCCAAAUCCUCGCCGCCAUGGGAUAAUUGCAGGAAAAGCAGAAUUUGUUUUUACUUAGAGUGGCAGAUUGACAGGAAACAUUGUUGUAAAAAGGUUGGAGUAAUGGUUUCAAAAAAAAAAAAGAGCAGUGGUUGUCUUGGAUGCGAUAAUAAGGCAAAAUUGACUUUAUCCUUGAACAAGUCAGCAAGAAGGCAGAAAAUAAAGGAUAGCAAGGCUCCAGUACGUAGCACAUCAGAAGAUUUCUGGACUACUAGCACACGGGACAUGGAUAACAAUGUUGUUCAGUCUCGAGGAAGCAUAUCAUCAAUUAGUACGUCAGCCCAGGCACAUGAUGCCCACAGCAGUGGAAGUACAAACACCCCUUCUGAAUUUGUAAAUCAUGGACUUAUUCAAUGGACCCAAAUUCGACAGCAGUGGGUGGGAAGUAAAAAGUCUGAAAAUCAGUCACAGCAGCUGCUUGAGCCCAGAUUAAGUUGGAAUGCUACAUAUGAUAGUUUACUUGGUAGCAACAAACAAUUCGCUAAGCCUAUACCCCUUCCUGAAAUGAUAGAUUUUCUUGUGGAUGUUUGGGAGCAGGAUGGUUGGGAUGUAUGAUGACUGAACCUGGUGUAACAUUAGUUAGUUGGACAGAAUUGAUGAAUGUACUUUUAGUUUGGUUUAUUUAUGGCAGAUAGGUAAUUUAAAGUAAAAGUGCAUUUUGCCUUCUGACAAAUUCAGACAGACACAGAUUCUGGUACUGGAAUGAUCUUUUAUAGUAUAGACUACUACAAAAACACAAAUUCGGUGGUUCUAUCUGUGUACGUUGCUGACUUUGUUUCAAAUGAAUAAGUUAUUUCUUGUUAUA